AUGACUCAGGCCGUAAAGAGAGCCUGCGACGCCUGUCACCGGCGAAAGGUCAAGUGCGACGGCAUCAACCCGUGCCGCAACUGCUCCUCGGCCCAGCUGUCCUGCACCUACAAUGCCAUCCCUCAGAAGAAGGGUCCCAAGGGCUCUCGCGCAAAGGUCAUUAGCGAGUUGAGAGAGACACAACGCCAGACCAGUCUGGCCGCCAAGAUCCACGGUCGCAUCAACGGCGGGCCAAAUGCUCCUCCGGCUUCGAAUCUCGCUCCCACUCCCGGUAUGCUGACCAGCGAACUGGUCAAGGAAUGCUCCCAGUUCUUCUUCGACCACAUGAACGCACAGGCCCCGAUCCUGGACCGGAGGCAAAUCGAGCAGCAGAUCCUCUACAUGGAGCAGAACCGCGAUGCCUACUGCCUCAUGGCCUCCAUGUGUGCCUUUGUCAUGCUGCAACCCGGCAUGACGAUUCCUUCUUCGGAUCCUUACAACCUCGACGUGAUUCCCGGCGCCAACAUUGUCUCGUGUCAGCUUCUUUUGGAGGAGACGUUGAGAGUCCGAAAGGGUUACGAGUACCUCGAGCAGAUCACCAUCAACUCACUGGCCACCAACUUCUUCCUCUUUGGAUGCUACUAUGGCCAGGAAAUGCACGAAAAGGCCUGGUACUACCUCCGUGAGGCCACCACCAUGAUCCAGAUGGUUGGCAUGAACAAGGAGGAAUACUACAUGCAGCUCGACGUUGCCGAGGCUGCUCGUAUGCGAAGAAUCUACUGGCUGUUCUUUGUCAUUGAGAGGUCGUAUGCUAUCCAGCGCCAGCGCCCCCUUACUCUCCAGGCCACCAUCAAUCUCCCAACUCUCGGAGAUGAUCCCACUGACCCCCUCGCCCACCAGCUCAACGGCUUCAUUCUCCUGGUGAAUCUCUUCCGACCAUUCGACGACGCUUUUACCAGCAUGUGGAACAAGGCGCGGAGCCAUCUCCCAUCCCAGUCCAUCGUCAGCCUGCAGAAGCUACUAAACGACACGGUCCAGCGUGCUCUCUGCCAGGAUCCUUCCUGGAACGAUGUUCACACGAACCAGCAGUGGCUUAAGAACAUGGUCUGGCAGCUAAGCAACGGAGUCGUUGCGGGUGGCGAGGACUCCAUCUCGUACCAGUUCCCUGGCACCAUGUCCAGAGAGCUGCUUUUGAAGAUGGCCUCGCACUUCCCCGGCCAGGGCAUGGAGCUCCUGACUUCCGGGCUUCUCGAGAAACUCAUCGAGUGCGCUUACUCAAUGACAGAGUACCUGGCUAUGCAGCCUGCUUCCCGGGACCCCUUUGCCCAAGGGCCUCAUGAGCACCUUGCUCAGAUCAUCAACAUUGUCAGCGCCUCAAGGAAUGGCGACUACCGCUUCCUGCCACUCCUCAUGAGCAAGGUUAGCGAGGUUCUUCCUCGUCUGGUUAACCCCAUGCUCCAGAACGUCCCCGAGACGAUUGCCAUGGCCCAAGUUGACAUCUUUGACGGAUUCGGCAACGCCGGCAUGGCU